GGGGUGUAAACAGUACACGGACAGUUGCAAAACAACUAGCUGGUCCCUCCGGUGUGCUGUGCCUCUCACGUUAUGGGAUUUCUCUGCAUGUGCAUGCCCAAGAAACGUCCGUCCUCCAGCAGUAACGCUGAGAAGUCCAAGAGGGCUGAGGUGAGACCUCAGGCCAAAUCUGCCUCUGCUCCAACAAAGAAGCACACAGAUGAUCUUUUAUUCAAGGAAGAACAAUACAAACUCUUAAAUGCAGAGCUGGAAGCCAAAACUGCAGAUAUAGUAAGACAGGCAGAACAACUUAUGAGAGAACAGAGUGAAGUUCUGUCAAAACCCUUAUCCACCCUCCUGCUCACGGACAUCGAGGAUGAAGACGAAUCAAGGAUAAUGAAGCAUCAACAGGCUGCCGUGCAGGAGCCUGGUGUGAAGGCGGUGACCAAAAAAAGAGCCACAUCAACAUCACACAACAUGUGUCCUGAAAAACAAGGGAAAGGGCCUCAUCGUAAAACAGCAACCCCAAGUAUGUCUCAGGUGGAUGAUUUAGCAGCUGUAGAAGACUCAGCUGAUUGUUUUCUGGCGAAGACGAUAAGUAGCAUGGAGGAGAAGAUGAACAACAACACUGUGGUUCAUGAAAAUGGUUUGGAUGAUGGGGCUGACGCUGGAGAAAAUCUAGGAUCAGGUGUUUCAGAUGCUCAGAUACGAGUUCUGAAGGCAAAACUGCGGAUCAUGCAAGAGGAACUGGAUCAGCUGUCAUGUGAAUAUUAUAAGAAGGAUGAUGAAAACGCUGAACUUAGUGCAAAAAUUAAAGAGCUGGAGGAGGAUCGAGCCAGACUGCAAAAAACAACAAACAUCCAGCAGACGCAGAUCGAGAAGCACAGAGCUUUGGCAGAGGAGUCCGACAAAAAAUGUGAUGGUCUUCAGCUGCAAGUGUCUGCUUUACACAAGGAAAUAGAAAAUAUGAACAGAUCCCACAAACAAGCAGCAGCAGUCCACAGCACUGUGGAGGUUCGUCUGAACAGAGCCUUGGAGGAGGUGGAGAGGUUAAAGACUCAACUCAACAAGAUGAAACAGAUGAACAAGGACAAGAUAAGUGAGGAACAUCAGAGUAAAGAAAAUCUACUUGCUGAAAACAAAAUGCUAAAGAAGCAGAAAGCAGAACUCAUCGUGGGUUUCAAGAAGCAGCUCAAGCUGAUUGACAUUCUCAAAAGACAAAAGGUACGUGUCUCUAUCUCAUUCACCCUGUUAAUACACACACUGCUCAUAAUCCAAUCAAAAUGUUCACGGACUAACUUUUUGUUUUGUUUUUCUGUACAGAUGCAUUUUGAAGCUGCCAAGCUGCUGUCAUUCACAGAGGACGAGUUCAUGAAAGCUUUGGACUGGGGGAAGUCGUAAACACUCAGAGCUUCAGACAUA